AUGUCGUACCAGGGCUACGGUGGCCAAGGCUACGGCGGCCAAGGUUAUGGCCAACCGCCUCCUCAGGGCUACGGACAACAGUACCCCCCGCCUCACGGCCACCACCCUCCUCCCCAGCACGGUGGCGGCUAUCCUCCCCAGCACGGCCAGUAUCCGCCUCAGCACCAACAGUACCCUCCGCAGCACGGCGGCUACAACCAACAGCCACCCGGCCAAUACCCUCCUCCUCAUCAACAGGGCUACGGCCAGCCGCCGCCUCCCCAGCACUACGGCCAGCCGCCGCCUGGCCAGUACGGCGGCCACCACCAAGCGCCGCCCUACGGUGCGCCUCCGCCAGGCCAGUAUGGCGCGCCGCCCCCCUCAGGGCCUACAACGGCGCCCUCGCUCGGCUAUGGCCCGCCACAACACAUCAACUGGGACGCGUCGGGCGACGCGCAGGCGCUCCGAGCCGCUAUGAAGGGCUUCGGCACUGACGAGAAGGCCCUGAUUCACAUCCUCUCCAACAAGGACCCCUUGCAGGUCGACGCCAUCCGUGAGGCUUUUCAUCGGAACCUGCGGCGCAACCUGAUUGACGACCUCAAGUCGGAGACCAGCGGAUACUUUGAGCGUGGCCUGCUCCAGCUAGCCCGCGGCCCCCUCCUCGCGGACGUGUACAACUUGUUUGACGCCAUGUCCGGCCCCGGCACCAAGGAGCUUGUGCUCAACGACACCCUCCUGGCGCGCUCCAACGCUGACCUCAACGCCAUCAAGCAGGCCUACUACAAGACCUUCCACCGCAGCCUCGAGGAGACGGUCAAGGGCGACCUCAGCAUGAAGACGGAGCGCCACUUCAUGAUGGUUCUUGCCGCCAACCGAGCCGAGGACUCGGCGCCCGUGAUCCCCCAGCAGGUCGACGGCGACGUCAUGGAGCUCUACAAGGCAACCGAGGGCAAGAUGGGCACCGACGAGAUUCUCGUCUGCAGCAUCUUCUCUAGCAGAAACGAUAACCAGCUACGCGCCAUUGCCCACGCCUACAAGCAGCGCUUCAACAAGGAUCUCGAAGCUGUCGUCAAAUCCCAGGAAUUCUCCGGACACAUGAAGGACGCGCUCCUCUUCCAACUCCGUCACGCCGUCGACAAGUACAUGCACGCCGCCCAGCUCUUCGAGGAUGCCAUGGCGGGCAUGGGCACCAAAGACCAGCUUCUCGUCGGCCGCGUCGUGAGAUACCACUGGGAUCGCAACGAGCUGGCAAAUAUCAAGGGUGCCUAUCAGCAGCGGUUCCGUCGCAGCCUGGCCAGUCGCAUUAAGGGUGAGACGUCGGGCGACUAUGGCCGUCUGAUGGUCGCAUGUAUUGGCGAGUAA